UACAUUCAAAGAAUCUAUAGUAAUUCAAAUGAGGUAGUGUAGCAUGGGUAUAUAAACCCCCGGCUGAAAGGAGCCAGCAUCUUUUCUUCGUGUGAUAGGCAUAGCGAAAAGAGCUGAACAGUUCAGCUCCUUGUUCAUUGCAAUAAUGAAUACUGACUCGUCCGAAGACGACAUUAAAUCACCCCAACCAGGCCAAGGUAAGCCUAUAUAGUUCUCGCCGGGACAUCGAUGCUCGGUUACAGGCCAAUGCCGACGGUAUCCAGAAGUUAUCGGCUUCUGUUAAUGCCAUGCAAGAGAUGCUGGCAUCAGUGGUUCAUUCCCGUGACUUAUCCGGACGUGCGAAGCACGCCGGCCCCAGCAACUCCGCUGGUAGUCCACCCCAGUUUGAGGUCUCGGCUCAAUACGACGAGGAGUUUGUAGACGAGCUACUAAGCCAGGAAGCUGUGGCAUACGACCCAGCUAAUCUUAGUUUGACCUGACCAGUGUACUGGCGGAUAACCAAGCCAUUACAGCGCAAGCUGAUUUUGACGUUCUUCCAAGUGAAGAUAUUUACAAUGACAGUGAGGCUAAUUAGCCCCGAGAUAUUUAGCAACCUAGCAGAAAGAGCUGUAAAAGCGGUAACUUUGCCAAUCAAGAAAGAGACGUAUGCAAAAAUUGCAGAAAAAUACGUUACACCGUCAAAUGCGGUAGCUGUGUCGGCACCCAGAAUAGACAGUGAACUUUGGGGAACCAUCCCCGCCUCAGCUAGAUCCAAGGACGUGAUCUUACAGAAAAUCCAAAAACAAGUUAUCAAAGGUUUGCUUCCUUACUGCAAAAUGUUGACUGAAUUGCGUGAUGCAACAAAGUCAGGCUAAGUUGUGAACAUUGACAAGUUAAAGGAACUUGCUUUAGAUGGCAUUACCCUUGCAGGGAACGCCUCUUAUGAACUGUGUUCCCGCAAUACUCCCGUCUCAGAAAUGUUGUUUGGGAAAGACAUGAAUAAUACAUGUACAAUGAAACAGGUAGCUGAUGAAGCCUACAAAGCAGGCAAAAAAAUGACCUCAGACGAGAGGAAAAAUCAGUCUUCCUAUCGCCGUUAUGUGCCUUAUAACCAGCAGAGAACAGGCAAAGGCUCGUCCGCAAACUACAGCGGACCCACUGUUAGACAGACGCUUCUGGCGUUCAUCUUCUCGGGGUUCGAAUGUUCCCCAACAUAGCCGUGGGCGAUCCACCUGGCAGCAGAGAUCUAACAAACCAUCUACUGCAACGAAGCCUACUUCAGAAAAAAACGGCUCCUUUCGGAGGAUUAGUGAGCAGGCGCUUUGGGGCUGAUUACGUCAUGAUGACGUGUGGCGUGAUGAUGAGUGCAGCGGCCAUUGCCGGAUCGUUCGUCGAGAACCCUCUGCAACUGGCGUUGCUGUACACGUUACUGGCAGGUACUGCAAUAGGUAUAUCGAGUGUCGUUGCAAAGGAGGUUGUCGGACGCUGUUUUACCAAGAACUACGCCACAGCCAAUGGCAUCGCACGGACCGGCUACUCCGUGGGACUGAUCGUCUUCGCGCCCCUGGUCCAGCUUUUCUUAAACACCUACGGCUGGAGAGGAACCAUGUUAAUAGUGGGAGCCAUCACCAUGCAUUUUGUUGCGAGUGGCGCCGUUAUGGUAGCAACGAGGCAGCCUGAGCUGGAUCAGUCAAACGCAUACCAAACGCUCCCCCAGACCGAACGCACCAAUUCGCCAUCAGCACAUGAGAGCACUCUCCGUUCUCACCGUAGUUCGCUGAGGAAGUUCGUCUCUAAGAACUUCGAGGCGGGACUACUUCUCAAUGCGCGCUUCUGGUUGGUGGCCGUCAUAUCUUGCUGCACGAUCUACGCGUACCUCAUGUGGAUUGUGUAUUUCGUGUCCCAGGCGCAGUCCAACGGGUUCACUUUGGAGUAGGCGGGGUCUUUCGUGACCAUCGCGGGCAUUGCGAACCUGUUUGGUAAAAUCAGUCAGGGACUGGUCACCGACCGCGGAGUGAUGUCCUCGUGGACUCUGGUUGCCGUUUGCCUCGUUAUGAGUUCCGUCUCGUACCUUGCCUCCUCUUUGCUGACUUCUUAUUGGGCAAUGAUGACGUCAGCGGUGCUGAUUUUGUUCAUCGAGGGGGUCUUGUCCUGCCAGACGGAUGUUCUCGUCAAGCAGGUUCUUGGUGUCGAGCUAUUGGCGGGUGCUUUUGGCUGGAUCGGGCUAAAGGUGACGUUAUUAUUAGUCGCUUUGGGAUUUCUGCCUGGUUUGGUUUACGACUUGACCGGAAGUUACACAGCAGCCUUUCUACUGAUAGGCAGCGUGCAGGCUGUACCACUGGUGCCUUUGCUAAUGCUAAGAUAUUCUCAACGGUAGAACCUCGGAGAGUUUUUUUUUGCAUUGGAGGGUUUCAUAAUUGACUGUGAGUCGAUCGGAGUUGAAACAGAAGCAUAAGGACAUAAUGUACAUUGAACAAGUGUGUUUUGAUCAAUUAAAGAUUAGUUGCACGCA